GUCACUCUGCUGUCAGUGUUGAUAAGGGUCGAGGGACGCCGGCAAUCUUUGCGAUUUCGUGUAACUACCACAUGUCACUGUUACAUUGUAACAACUAGUAACAUUAUUAGUUUUGUAUAUAUAGUAGUUCUAUGAAAUAAAUAAUUGUGUAGUUUUCUUUUUGUUGGUUAAUUAUAGAGUAGUGUUUGCCAUGCCUCCAGCGGCUACUGCAGUUAAACCUCAACCUGAUGAUGACCCCAUCGGUAUUAGGGCAGUUCUUUUGGGACCACCGGGAUCAGGCAAAGGAACCCAGGCACCCCGGCUAAAAGAAAAAUAUUGUGUAUGUCACUUAUCAACUGGUGACAUGUUACGGGCUGAGGUAUCAUCGGGGUCAGAACUCGGCCGGCGUUUAAAGAAAGUGAUGGACGAGGGAAAACUUGUGUCUGAUGAGAUGGUUGUUGACAUGAUUGAUAAGAAUCUGGAUCACCCUGAAUGCAAAAAUGGAUUCCUACUUGAUGGCUUCCCUAGAACUGUGCCACAAGCUGAGAAGCUAGAUGAUCUGUUGAGCAAAAGAAAAACUCAACUUGAUGCUGUGAUUGAGUUUGGCAUUCAGGAUAGUCUUCUUGUUCGUCGGAUCACGGGAAGAUUGAUUCAUCCAUCAAGUGGUCGCAGUUACCAUGAAGAAUUCCAUCCUCCGAGAAAAGCUAUGACUGAUGAUGUUACAGGGGAACCGCUGAUUAGACGUUCAGAUGACAAUGUGGAUGCUUUGAAGAAACGUCUAGCAACAUAUCAUGCUCAGACCGUGCCUCUUGUAGACUACUACAUGCGGAAAGGUCUCCACUGGAGAGUAGAUGCUGCAAGACCAGCUGAAGAAGUGUUUAGUAGAAUUGAUAACAUCUUCAAGAGCCGUAUCUUUAGCAGGGAGCGAGCAGCUCUCUGAGAAUAUCAUUAAGUGAAAAAGUUUUGUACAAAUCUUAAUUUUCACAAUGCGGUUGGGUUUAUUGUGUUAUAGUAUUUUCAGACUUAUAUACAACUCUGUAAUAAUUAUAACUAUUUUAUAGACAACUAUUUCUUACAUAAAUACAGUACAAUGCGAUCAAUCAA